AUGACGGUUAUUAAUCGAUUAAAUGCGAAAAAAACUGAGUUAGAAGUAAGAUUAAAUAAUUUAUACCACGGCGGAAGUAACCGUCGAGAAACAUUGGAAUACAAAAUUAAAAAGGUUGAAGAAUUAAUUGCCGCUUAUCAGUCAACUUCUGCUCCGGUUAAUUUGUCAGAGGCCGAAAAAAUUCUUAGUCAACAAGUAGGAUUUGAAGAGCAAAAAAGAAGGAUUUUGAACAGUUUGAGAAUUAAAGGUUAUUGUGAACAACGCAAUAUUCAGCAGCAUCCGCAAAUUUUAUGUCUGAUUGGGCCUCCCGGAGUAGGCAAAACCACCUUCGCUCAGCUCUUGGCUCGAGCUUUAAAGAAAAAAUUCUUUUUAGUGGCGCUGGGGGGCGCAUCAGAUAAUUCAUUGUUGGUAGGAGCCAAUGAGAGUUCGUCGGGGACUGAAAUGGGACAAUUAGCCAAAGCAUUAGCAGAAACAAAAUCCCAUAACCCCCUCAUUUUGCUCGAUGAAAUUGAUAAAGUUGGUUCUUAUAAAGCGGGAUCUGCUAUUCAUGGUUGUUUAAAUAGUGUUUUAGAUUCGGUGCAAAACCAAGAAGUUCUGGAUCAUUAUCUUGACGUUAAAUUGGAUUUUUCAAAAGUAACUUUCGUAGUUACAGCUAAUGAUUUGAAUAAAAUCCCCGAUUACUUGUUCUCAAAAACGCCAGCGAUUAUCAAUUUAUCUGGAUAUAACAUUGACCAAAAGAAAGAAAUCGCUAACAAAUUUAUUGAAGGUCAAAUUAUCUCCGCUGAUUUUUUUAAUGUUGAUUUGGAAGAUAACCCAGAAAAUAAAAGCGAGAAAAAAGAGUUGGAAAUUUUACGCAAAGAAUUGGAAAAAUUGAAAGGAGAAAAAAACAGCCAAUCCGAGUUAAAAGCCAUUAAGCUUAAUUCUUUGCUGGUACUACGGCAAGUUAGAGGACAAUUUGCUGAAAAGGAGUACCUUGAUUACGAGGGGAAAAUAAAUACCGCUCUUUCGCGGGAAGAAAUUGAAAUCAUUGAAAAAAACUUCUUGCUAAAAAUCAAGCCAAAAAAUACUUCCCCAAAACCGGUUAAGGAAAAUAAAGACAAAAAAGAAAAAGAUGAAUUGGCAGAAAUUGAACAACGAAACAAAAUUUUGUCCGGGCAACUCCAACUUAACAAUAGUGAGAUAGCAAAACUAAAAAGAGAAAUUCAAAACUUGCAAGAACAAAAAAACAAUGAUAAAAUCUUAUCAGUUGCGAUUAUUACUACCUUAAUAAUUUGA